UUCCUUAAUAAUAACAGCAAGGUCGAGCACUGGCUCUGCGACUUGACACUUGGAGAGUGCGUUACACCUGUGAGGUACCUCCGCAUGUUAGAAACGUGGUGCGUCAUUAGCACAGAGAUAUGAGGAAGCUUUUCCGUCCUCGUACUGUUUGUAAACUCGCCUCAGUUUUAUAGAGAGAGUUACAUUUUGACACGGUGCGUGCUUGCGGUGUUGUAAACAGUACUAGCCGGUAGGAUCUAGCUAGCUACCCAAGUUGCCCAUGAGCUCCGCUCCAAAUCACGGUCCCGUUUCAGAGACAGGACUGCCCGGCAAACCCGUGUCUGCUGUCUCGUUCGGCGGACGACUACAGAAGGUCUUUAGCCAUGUGAGGGUAGAAAACCUGAUCGCGGGACUCAGCGGGGGAGUGGUGUCAACGCUCGUGCUUCAUCCCCUGGACCUGGUCAAAAUCAGGUUUGCAGUAAGUGAUGGACUUGAAUUAAGACCGAAGUAUAGUGGCAUGCUGCACUGCAUGAAGAGUGUCUGGCAGCAGGAGGGACUGAGAGGACUCUAUCAAGGCGUGACACCCAACGUUUGGGGUGCUGGUGCAUCUUGGGGCCUCUACUUCUUCUUCUACAAUGCAAUCAAAGGGUACACAAAGGAAGGUCGUCAGGCUGAACUGAGUGCCACAGAAUACCUGGUGUCAGCGGCUGAAGCUGGCAUCCUCACACUCACCCUUACCAACCCAAUCUGGGUGACCAAGACCCGGUUGGUGCUGCAGUACAGUGCUGACCGAAAUAGCAAGCAGUACAAGGGGAUGUUUGAUGCUUUGGUUAAGAUCUACCGCCAUGAAGGAGUGUCUGGACUCUACAAGGGUUAUGUUCCCGGUCUGCUCGGCACGUCUCACGGAGCACUGCAGUUCAUGGCCUACGAAGAGCUCAAGAGAGACUACAACAAAUACAGAAAAGCACAUUCAAACGCAAAGCUGAACCCAUUGGAAUACAUCACAAUGGCAGCAUUAUCCAAAAUAUUUGCCGUGGCCACAACAUACCCAUAUCAAGUGGUGCGAGCUCGCCUGCAAGACCAGCACAAUAGAUACAACGGAGUUAUUGAUGUCGUCAGACGGACAUGGAGGAAUGAAGGCACCCUUGGUUUCUACAAAGGCAUCAUCCCCAACUUGAUCCGCGUCACCCCAGCCUGUUGCAUCACCUUCGUGGUUUACGAGAACGUGUCUCACUUUUUUCUCGGGCAAAAUAAAUGAGGUUUUAAAAGCAGGGCACGGACUGCCCCGAAUGCUGCAAACUCGUGCUGACACGUUGGUGCCGUGCGGAGGAGAUGCAGGGGAGGACCGUGUUGAUCAACACCAAGCUGUCGUCGUCCAGUACGUGUAAAUGUGCUGAAGUGAAAAUCACUCAUGUGCACUGAAAAUAAGUGUUGCCAAAUGGAGCAGCAACAGUUUUUCUUCUUUUUUUUUUUCAAUACAACUUUCUGACAGUCUGUGAAAAAUGGCAGAGAUCUUUCUGUGAUUCAGACACACAAUUAAGUUAUAGGGAGCAUGUCUGUUGCUGUUCACCUUUAUGGGGACAAUGCUGCUUUAAUAGUUGUUGUUUGUUUUUUUUAAAUACUGGUAGCGUGAGGGUCUUUUCUAAAGAGGUGGAUGACUGAAAUAUGUCAUCAUGCAGCAGUUUUGUUUACACUUUAUGCUUUCUGGCAACAGAGAGAUACAGUCUCAACUAUAAAACUAUGAAAAACUUCAUUAUAAACAUCAAAUUCAUGAUCGGCUCAGGUUCAGAUGUUGCAGGUGUGUGAAAUGAUUUGCCUGAUGAGAGCUUUGAGCCCUCACACAUUUUUUUUCCUGACGUUUUUGUCAUUGUAUCAGCUGUGCUUUAUAAGAUUUUAUUAUAAAAUCUAAAAUGUGCUUUAAA